AUGCCUGCGCCUGGCCAGUCGACGACGCCGACCACGCGCCGAACAAGGAAAUCAAUCGGCGUGCACACAGAGCUUUCGAACUCACGCAAGGAAAAUGCUACAACCGACGUGGGCCAGUCAAUGGCUGCGAGUCGCAAGUCACGGAGCAAGAGCAUCGGUCCCGGCGGGCUGGAUGCGCUCAGGCAGGGGAAUGGCAACAGGCGCGCGUCCCUUGCGGCGCCGACCAAGAUCCCUCGCUCGAUCCUCAAGCCCACGAUUUCUCCUCUACCUGAAAUCCCACCGCUGAAAUCGAAAGCACAGAGAAAGUCAGCAGGCGCGUCAACAUCCAACCAGCCUGAGGCUGAGUCAAGCGGAUCCAAAAUUGCCGUACGGACAGAGGAGGAGCAACAAGCUGCAGCAAGAGAGAGAGAGGAGCGCGAGAGGCGAGAUGCUCGUCGCAAAUCACUUGCCAAUCGCAGAGUCUCUUUCGCGGCAGAGGCCACACUGCAUACUUUCCAUGAAGUGGAAUAUAUGCAGUCUCGGAAUGCCACAGACUCAAGAAGAAGAUCAAGCUCCGGAUUGAACGCUCGCAGUGCCGAUCAGACUCCCGCCGAAGACCAGAGCACGCAAGGGAAGAGAAGCUCGCUCGGCAGGCCGAAUAAUGUCCAAAGCCAAGAUGAGAACAGUACCUCGGUUAUAUACAGCUCGGAUUCUGAGCCUGCUGAUGCGGUGGAGGAGAUUCCCACAGAUGAGGAGGAAGCGGAGGAGGAGGAGGAAAACUCGAAUAGCGAUUCCGACGACGGGACGAUGAUGAGCCUUGAGACAGACGAGGUUACAGGUACGACCGUGGCGUCCGAAAAGUCAUUGGUGGACCUGGACGAAGACUCUUCUACACUUGACGAGGCUCUCCGCAUGGCGGCCCGCCGCGCAGCUACCCAACAACUUGGAGACGACUCUGACGACGGCGAAGAGAUCAUCCCCUCAUUUGGUUGGGCGAGAAAGCCAAUCCCGCAGCCCGCAGCCAGCGGGAACAAGGAGCCUGCAAAAUCGCCAGUGGAUCAACACUCUGAUAAUACCACGGAGAUGGACAUGGAUAUAACGCAAGUUAUGGGGAAGAUUAUCAAGCCCUCUGGGCCUGGUGAUAUCGAGGGAGAGCCAGCGGCAGAGGCAGAGGUCUCCAUGGACGUCACACGUGCAUUUGGUGGCAUCAUCUCAGGCGGGAGACCCAAUGAUGCACCUUCGGAGUCUGGUGAGAUGGAAGAUGCCACAAUGGAAUUCACGACGGCGGUCGGAGGCAUACAUUACCCUGAGUUGCCAGAUGCCGACACUGACUACGACGCAAACGAAGACAUGUCAAUGGAGCUCACCAGCGUCAUGGGUGGCCUAUUAGCUCGUCAACAACAGGAGCAGAAUGAGGCUCCUCGACGACAAGCACUGGACCAUACUGCGAAGCGGGGUGAUGAUGCCGAUGCCGAUGGUGAUGAGACAAUGGGCAUGGACAUAACCACAGCCAUUGGCGGAAUCAUCAAGAACACCUCGCAGGCCUUUAGAAAGAGCCUCUUUGGCUCUCAAACAGAACAAACCGAGAGCCCGCGGCAAUCGACAUCAGCAGCUGCAUCGCAACCGUCUCCCGAGCACAGCACUCCUCUUGCAAAGACAGCAUCUCAGGCUGCGCAAGGGGGGGCAACCCAUCUUACUACGCCUCAAGCGGCCAGGGACCCCCUGAUUGACGUCUCCACAACACCACCAACACCCAACUUUUUGACUACACCUAAAUCUUCUACGACUCCGAAGACCUCAACGACUCCAAAGGCUUCUACGACUCCGAAGACUCCAGCAUCGAAAGCUUCCACAACCCCUCGGCAGGCCUCAUCGUCGACCAAAACGCGGACGCCGACGUCGCAAAGCCGAACACUCCGAUCGGCGUCCAGAAAACCCCCAUCUCAGGGUGCGAGUCGAACGCCCUCGCCCGUUAAAUCAACUCCAAAGAGCAGCACAAAGUCAAAUCAGCAGGAUGUAUCCACCCCUCGACGACUCUCUGGUGUUGGUGCAGAUAGGCCUGGCCUGGGAUCACCCCAAGUUGCGGCCAUUUUCGACCGUCGAGAGUCUCUGACCGAAUCGACGAGCACGUUUGUUGCUGGAAAACGCGCUGUUGCCUUCAGCGACCCCAAGGUUUUGGCGCAAGAACUUGACCAGGAAAGUGACGAAGGAGCUCGGCGGAAGUCUGGUGGGCGAGAUGCUACACUCAACCUUAGAGAGAUGAUUGAUAGCAUGAGUCCCAAGCGAAACCCGCUCAGAGGCCGAAAGAGCCUCCACAUUGGCAGUGCCAGGGGUCUUCUGGGUAAGCGACCCGCUGAACUGGACGAGGAAGCGGAAGCCGAAGAGAAUGACGGCGUCAAGCGAUUGAAGGGUCGUCAGGGCAGCCCUGUCAAGAAUGUGAAACUUCAGCAGCCGCCCUCGAAAGAAGAGACAACCGGGAGGCUGAGAAGAUCAACUCGAUUGAGCUUUGACUUUGCUGGCAAAACGUCUCACUCUGCUCAGUCCUCCCCUUUGAAAGGCAGCGAUAGUGCCACGCUAUUGAGCCAGAAGUUCUCCCGAGCUGGAAAAGAGAACCAAACGGUUCACGAUGUGCAGAUACACCAGCCGUUGGCGAACAACGACCCUCAAGUUUUGGAAACCAUCGAGGAACAUCAGAUGCAUCUCCAGGACUUCUUGAACUUGACGUCUAUUCGCUUCAUGGAGCUGAACACGACCAAGAGGCGCCACACAAUCGCCCCAAGGUCAUCUCAGAGCGGCAUUCUGCCGGAUGGAGAAGACGAUCGGUCUCUGGAGCGAUGCGUCGUGGCGGGCGCUUGUACCGUGCCCAUGCUGGAACUGUAUCAACAUUCCUGCCGAGAGCUGAAGAAGUACAUAUCCGAGGGCCGAAGAAUAGUCAAGGAGAUUGAAACGGAGACUUUUGAGGAAAACCCGCCCCUGUUUCGAGAAUAUCUAUCCGCGACUCCCGACGUCAAGGCAUUGAUGGACAAUCAGUUUAAGAACGUCAGGACCCAUGCCCGUCACCUUAGCAAGGCGAUGUGGUACGAAUGGAGGAUGAAGUUGCAGGACGGAUUGAACGAAGGCCUCGUCAGCAUCUCGGACGGCAUGAAGGAUGAUCUCAAAGUGAUUGAGGAGCAAGAGAAGCUUCUGAAAAGCGUGAUGCCCAGUCUUGUGAGCCGUUACGAAUCGCUACUGGAAGAAAGCAGCAGCCUCGAGGAAGCUGCUAAAGAAAUAGCCGACUGCGAUCCUGCAGAACUCCAAGCGGCUCGAGACGAACUGACAAGCCUCGACGAUGACAUUGCUCAGAAGAAGAAGCUGAUUGCCAAGCUUCGACAAGAGUUUGAGGCAUCGGCAGCCGACGUGGAGGAAUUGACAGCGCGGAAGUCUCAGUGUCUUGCUGAGAUUCAAGAGUCCCAGCGGAUCAGAGAAGAGUGCCGUGGUUGGACCAGCACCGAAGUCAACAAUCUCAAAGCGCGGGUAGAGGCCAUCGAGAAGGAGCACGGAUGGGCCGUAACGGGCAUCGCAGGCUCUACGCUGUCUAUGACAUACAAGCGAGAGAUUGAGCUUGUCCUGGACAUUACGUCCUUCCAACCGAAGCAGCCAAACUCGCCCAUUGACCUGUGGUAUAUUGCCGAUAGCCGCGCGGUCAAUCCUCUGCCGCGGACUGCGGAAAAGGAAUUCUUCUUGCAAUGCAUUCGGGAACACAUUCGAGCAAUGUCACAGAGCCGCACGAAGCUGUCUCAUCUUCUCAGCGUGGUGAAGACGGCCUGGGACAAAUCGAACUGGAUCUCCCGCCAAGUCAGUCGCAUUAAUGUCAUUUUUCCGACAAAGGUCUCCAAGACGUCCGAUUCAAGCAUAGCUGUUACGAGCUCCCUCCUGUUGGCACCCUUGGAAACACGAAUCGAAGUGGUCUUCAACCUCAAGGGGUCCAGCGGGCCCGAGGGAGUCAACGUGGAUGUCUCGACGGACGCCAAGGUCAUCUAUGGCGAACAAUUCAACGUGGGCAAGGUUGGGGAGUUCCUGGGCACCAGGAUUGGCAAGAGUGUUGGCGCCGAGGGCGAGCCGUGGAGCGAUGUGGUGGCUGAACUGUACGAGAAGCUCAUUGCUCGGGGGAAGAAGUAG